GCACAGAGCCGUGGCUGCAGGGAAGCGGAGAGAAGAAUCUGGGAGAUGCUGAGGGCUCGUGGGCUCGUGGAGGGUCUCUGCGCGGGGCUGCAAAGUGCGGGCCAGUCGAGUGCGUGCCGGCCCCUCCAGGUCUCAGCGGCUGCGUCUGUGCACUGGCCAACUUCGUCCCGACGUCGCCGCGCGGACUUGGCCCGUGAGAAGGGACCGUCUCCAGUUAACGUUCAGCGGUGGGCGCCCGCGCUCGUGCUGGGGCCGGGGCACCGGGGACCAGCCCCUCCCGCAGGUGCGGGAACAGCUUAUCGUGGUCCAGAAGCCAGUCCAGUCGACCCAGUCCAGCGGGCCGCAGCCUCCGUCGAUCCCUCGGCCCUGUGGGCGUGCCUGACCCGUGAGGGAGCCUCCUUUCGCCCCCCGCCUUCGAGGCCUCAGAGAGGGGACCCUGGUGUAUUCCGAGACUGGAGGAAACAGAGUCACUUAAAUCCCGCGGGCGGAUGCGCCCUGACAGUUGCUCCCCUGGCCAGCGGGCUCCCGAUGGAGGACAGAGGCUCCCCUGAAAGCCCGGCUGCGCAGACUGCCACUGAGCCCAGCGAGUCCCUGUCCUCGGCCCACAGACACCUGAGCAGGAGGAAUGGGCUUUCGAAACUCUGCCAGAGCAGGAUGGGCCUCUCCGAAGACAAAUGGAACUCCUAUUGUCUGUCAUCUUUGGCUGCCCAGAGCAUCUGCACCAGCAGACUACAUUGCCUGGUGCCGCCGGAGCAGACCGACCUGGCCGGGUCCCUGGGCAGUGCAUCCUGCUGCUCCCUGCUGCGGGGCUUGUCCUCAGGGUGGUCCACGCCCCUGUUUCCGACUCCCGUGUGCAACCCGAACAAGGCAGUGUUCACCGUGGAUGCCAAGACCACAGAGAUCCUGGUUGCCAACGACAAGGCUUGUCAGCUCCUGGGGCACAGCAGCCAUGACCUGAUCGGCCAGAAGCUCACGCAGUUCUUCCUGAGGCCGGAUUCCGAUGUGGUAAAGGCCCUCAGCGAAGAGCACAUGGGGGCCGAUGGCCGAGCCGCUGUUGUGUUCGGUACAGUGGUGGACGUCGUGAGCCGCAGUGGGGAGAGGAUCCCGGUGUCCGUGUGGAUGAAGAAGGUGAAGCAGGAACACAGCCUGUGCUGCGUGGUCGUACUAGAGCCUGUGGAGCGGGUGUCGGCCUGGGUUGCUUUCCAGAGCGAUGGCACCAUAACAUCCUGCGACAGCCCGUUCGCUCUCCUGCAUGGGUACGCAUCUGGGGAGGAUGUGCUUGGGCAGCCCAUCACAGACCUGAUCCCUUCUGUGCAGCUCCCUACCCCUGGCGAGCCUGUCCCCCAGAAUCUCAAGAUUCAGAGGUCUGUCGGGAGAGCCAAGGAUGGCACCACCUUCCCUCUGAGCUUAAAACUGAAAUCUCAGUCCAGCAGUGAGACGGCGGAAGAUGGUCGCAUGGUCCCCGAGUGGAGUUACUCCGCGUCCAUCUGGGUCUUCUCCACCAUCAGCGGCCUCAUCACCCUCCUGCCUGACGGGACCAUCUAUGGCAUCAACCACAGCUUUGCUCUGAUGCUAUUUGGUUAUGGGAAGACUGAGCUCCUGGGCAAGAAUAUCACUUUCCUGAUUCCCGGCUUCUACCAUGGCAUGGGCCUCGCAUGUGACACUUCCUUCCCAUUGCCAGACCUGGCCGACCAGAGUGGGCCUGGGGAGACAAGCGUGGGCCCCCGGCAGAGCCGGAACUGGGCUGGCACAGGCGUGGAGCCACUAGAUCCAAGAGCUCCCAGUGCAUCUGUUGGAGGGCACGUUUUGCCAGGAGGGGAGACCCUAGAGCCAGUGGGAAGAAGCCAAGAAGACUUUACUGGGACCUGGACCCAAGCAGACCCUGGAGGCCACCUCCCUUCUUCCCUCCCAUGUCUGCCCACUCCAGGAGUGGAAAGCAUCCUAGAAGGAGGCCCACCAGCCCAGGAAUGGUCCUCACCUGAGGACCAGCGAGAUAUCCCAGAAGGAAGCCCACCAGCCCAGGAAUGGUCUUCACCCAAGGACCAGCGAGAUAUCCCAGAAGGAAGCCUACCAGCCCAGGAAAGGUCCUCAUCCGAGGACCAGCGAGACAUCCCAGAAGGAAUCCCACCAGGCCAGGAAUGGUCCUCAUCUGAGGACCAGCGAGCCAUCCCAGAAGGAAGCCCAUCGGCCCUUACUCAACAGUCAUCACCCAAAGACCAGCCAAAUCCUCUCUUGGAGAAAGAGGAUUCUGCAGCCCCAGAGAGCCUGAGACAGGAUCUUGUGGAAAGAAGUGGGUCUGACCCAGUUGACACAUGGAUGUCUGCUUCCCGUGAAGCAUCUGAGGGCAGGAGCGGGCAAGCUAAAAUGAGUAGGCCGUAUCUGGAGGCACAGCCAGAGUGGACAAGUUCGAGCAGUGCCCAUCAUUCAAACUGUUGGGUUGAUUCCCUCAUGUCCAAGCCCUAUGCCGCAGGCAAGCUGGCAGGGGAGGGCCUCCUGCUGCCCUGCCCUGGAUAUGGGGGUGAGCAGAGCACGCAGUCAGGAAGCCCCCCUGGGACAGCGCAACUCCCGUUCUCCACACCUGCCCUAGAUGAGCUGUGGGUGGCUGUGGAGAAUGACCGAGAGGAGCUACAGACUUGCUUGAUUAAGGAGCAGCUGUCCAAGUUGAGCCUUGUGGGACCACUGGGUGUCUCCUACACCGAGCUGGCCCCAGCAGAUCACCCCCGAUGCUCUGCUUCUGUGUCCUUGUGUGACCUGGGAAGCAGAGGCUUGUCUAGCCGAGGGGGCAGCUCUUCAGCCUGCUAUGCUCUGGCCACGGACCUCCCUGGUGUCCUAGACACAGUACAGGCCCAGGAGGCUGAUGGGAAUUCUUUCUCCUGGAACCUCAAGGAGCUCUUUCUCGAUGAAUGGACAGAUCGAACUUCCUCCAAUUGUUCCUGCACCACGAUGGAGAUUGUGGGGACGCCGUCUCCUUUGCCGGUGGGCUCUGAUGCAGACCUGAGUGGUCUGCACCGGCGGGGAUCUGAUGUUCUGGAUGACCGAGAACUGUUGCUCCUGACCGGCACUUACUUCCAUCUUGGGGAGGCUCGGCAGUUUCACGAGAGCCAUCUGGUGCCGGAUCCGGUAGAGCCCUCUGAGAUGUGUCUGGUGUCCUCGGAACACUAUGCAGUCAGCGGCAGAGAGAGCCAUGCCUGUAUCCUUCCCACGCUGGGGGCUGGCCCCGUAGAUGUGUGUCCAGCAGAGGAGCCCAGGCUGAGCUUCCAGGUCACCUCAACGCCUGUGAGAACGGACAGCCCAGCAACAUCUGGGGCCACCUGCGUGCGCCAGGAGAUCCAGGAGGGGACCUAUGCCGGCAGCUGCCACCACCGGGACGGAGCUCAGCUGAGUGUGCAGUUUGAGGUGAAGCGGGUGGAGCUCCAGGGCUCCUCGACCCUGUUCUGCUGCUGGCUCGUGAAAGACCUGCUGCACAGCCACUGGGACUCAGCCACGCGCACGCGCCUGCUCCUGGCCAGCCUGCCCAGCUCCAGCCACUCCAUGUGCGAGCUUUCUGGACCCAGCGUAGGGGAGAUGCUCAGAAGCAAGCCCUGGUUUGAGGAGCCUCCGAAGGCUAUGGAGCUGGAGGGACUGGCGGCCUGUGAGGGUGCAUACUCCCACAAGUACAGCACGCUGAGCCCGCUGGGCAGCGGUGCCUUUGGCUUCGUCUGGACUGCAGUGGACAAGGAAGCCAACAAGGAGGUGGUGGUGAAGUUUAUUAAGAAGGAGAAGGUUUUGGAGGAUUGUUGGAUCGAGGAUCCCAAACUUGGGAAAGUUACUUUGGAGAUUGCGAUUCUGUCCAGGGUGGACCAUGCCAAUAUCAUCAAGGUUUUGGAUGUAUUUGAAAACCAAGGGUUCUUUCAGCUGGUGAUGGAGAAGCACGGCUCUGGUCUGGACCUCUUUGCCUUCAUUGACCUCCAUCCCAACCUUGAUGAGCCCCUGGCGAGUUACAUCUUCCGACAACUAGUGGCAGCAGUGGGCUACCUGCGCUCCAAGAACAUCAUUCACCGGGACAUCAAGGAUGAGAACAUUGUCAUUGCUGAGGACUUCACAAUCAAGCUCAUCGACUUCGGCUCUGCCGCCUACUUGGAGAAGGGCAGGCUGUUUCACACAUUCUGUGGGACGAUCGAGUACUGUGCCCCUGAAGUCCUCAUGGGAAACCCAUACAAGGGGCCAGAGCUGGAGAUGUGGUCCCUGGGGGUCACGCUGUACACGCUGAUCUUUGAGGAGAACCCCUUCUGUGAGCUGGAGGAGACCAUGGAGGCCACGAUCCACCCCCCAUACCUGGUGUCGGAAGAUCUCAUGAACCUCAUGUCUGGGCUGCUGCAGCCUGUCCCUGAGCAGCGUACCACCCUGGAGAAGCUGGUGACAGACCCCUGGGUGACACAGCCCGUAAAUCUUGCUAACUACACCUGGGAUGAGGUGUGUCACAUGAACAAGCCAGAAAGCGGAGCGCUGUCCGGUGUGAGCCUGGAGACAGAGAGCAGGUGUGCCAGGGAGGUGGCAUGGGCGCUGGAGCCCUGAGGGGCCUUGUGCCCUACGGGAGAUCCCUGAGGAGCCAACUCCAGUUCUCCGCUGCUCUUCUUCAUUCGCUCGGGAUCAAGGUGUUUUCAAGCCCCAUCCAGGCAAAGGAAGUAAAUUCGCAAGCAUUAGGCCCAAUUCACUUUAUAAAAACUCCCGUGCAAGUUUGAGAAGUGCUAGGACAAAAGCCAGUGGUGUUACCAGAUUUUAGGUUUAUAAAUAGACUUGGAAUUCAUUUUUCACAUGACCUUGGAAAAGCAUUCUAGUGUUCGGUUGAGUUUUGCGCUGUUAAAGGGCUUUUAUUUGUGAACUUCAGAGUCUUUAAUCUUUCUGAUUUUGUAUAUAUACAUGUGUGUUUGUUUCCCCUGACUCGACAUGUGCUCAUCUCAUGUGUGGAGUUUGUAGAACUGAUUAGCCAGAUGACCAGACUAUUUCAUUAACUUAUUUUUUUGAACACUUACAAAUUAAAGUAAUUUUGUAGUGAACCAUGACUAUGACUGUCUGA